UCUUCUCCCUCCUCAUCGCCGUUCACCCCACCACCGAUACCUUUCCCCAACACAACUCCUCCAUUACACUUCCAAUCUCUUCAAGCAAAUCCCACCAUUUAUGAUGAUUUCACUACCCCUGUGACUGCUUUCCUUCGCCGAACAAGAAACCCCCAUACAAAUCAUCAUCAUCUAUUCGCGUACACACCUCGAAUCGAGACACACCACCACCAAAAAGUUCCAAUCUUUCUUGCUAUUUUUGACAAAUCAGGCAUGGCUAGUAGUUCUCGCUGAGGAAAGGGUAGGAAAACCGGAGCGGGUCAGUCAGCACCGCAGUAGGAUCCGGUUCCUCAAGAAACGCCGAUAAUUAGCGGCCGAUGAUCCGAAUUUGAGGAAAAUCAAAUAUCGAACAAAUUAUAACUUCAUUCCGGAUGAGAAAAUGAAUGUAGUAGCAAAUCACCCGAUUUUGAAGUUUGAGCUAGAUUCACCCGAAUAUGAGAAGUUUGAAAAACUGAAAGAUAUUGAGCUACUUCAACACCGGGUUAUCAAUUGGAAGUGGUUAAAUGAAAUAGGUUCAGAGCAGGAAGUGAGGGACCUUUUGGGUGAAAGAUUGAUUGAUGCGUUGAAUUGUGUAGAGCCUCAGUAUGAGGAGCUAGUGCUAGAGUUCCAUAGCACUUGGGUGCAUAAGGAGGGUAAGUUCGAUCUGGGCACAACUGUCUUGUUUAGCUUUGGAAGGCAAGUGUAUGAGAUGAAUGUGCUGCGGUUUGCUAUAGUUUCGGGGUUGUAUACAGAAGAGGAGGUGAAGAGGCCAGAGUUUGCUACUUACUUGAGGGGUGCGUAUAAUAAACCAAGGGAUUGUAGUGUUGGUGGGACUGAGUUGAAAGAGUUCUGGAAGACGAUUUCUAAUCGUCCGUUUGGGUCUACGAAUCUGAUCACAUCGGUUCGUAAUCCGGUAUAUAGAUAUGUGCUGAAGAUCUUGUCUACUACACUUGUAGGUAGGAAGUCGGGGGAGAACAAGGCGAAUUGGAUCGAGCUUUUUAUCUUGAUGUGUAGAGUGCAGGGAAAGGAGAUAAAUCUGGCUACUAUCUUAGCAGAUUCGUUUAGUAGGGAUCGUCGAGGUGGUCAUCAGGCUGGUUUGGAUAUGGGUCCCUACAUUACCAGGAUUGCAACAAAUUUGGGGGUGUUUGACAAAUAUCUUCCCGAAUUUCUACAUAAGGGGCCCACGACAGCGAUGUUUGGAUUGCAAGAGCUGCAGAAGGCAGGCAUAGUGUCGUGGCAGGAACCCUACGGCUGGGAGCCGACCAGAGAGGGUUCACACGUGCAGCCACCACAGGUACGACCAGCUGAGGAUGUCAGUAUUCAGACUGAGCCCUCACAUACGUAGCAGCCACCGCAGGUACAAGAGCGGCCAGUACGUCAGUAUUUGAGGAGACAACCUCUACCUGAGCCUCUUACUUUGGAGUCAUUCUCUGGCUAUGUGGAGCAGAGAUUUAAUAGGCUGGAGCAGUUGAUUGAGGCACUUCAGAGGGGUCAGUCGAGGCAGGAUGAUAUUCUUCGUUAUAUGAUGACCGUUCAGAGCAUGAGGAUUCCGGAUUACUUCAGGCCAGGGCAGGAGGGCCAGGCUGGUGUUGGUGCACAGGCUGAUCCGGAGCCUCCAUUUCAGGUAUUUGAGGAGAGCAGUCAUGAGUCCGAUAGUGGACAGUGAGGAGUAGUGUGGGGAUUACACGAGGAUGUAGAGCAGCAGCUGACUAUUAUAUCUUUUGAUUAUCAUUUUUAUUUUAUGCUGUUUUGAUCCUCACUUUUGGUCUGUAUUGAUAUUCGUAUACUCUAAACAGGUUGGUUAGGGAUGUUUGGGUUGCUUGAUGUGAUGAAACAGAUAAACUACUGAUG